UCAGAGACAACGCGGAGCCGGCCGAAACCUGUAUGUCACAGGUACUGUAGGUGUAUGCGAGUAGAUAAGAGCAACACUUCCAUUACCAAAGUUGAGCCACAAAACUCACACACUCCAGCACUUUGAUUUGUUCAGAUCCGUCGCCAUACGUGUCAUCCCGAUACUAUAUCGAGAGGUUAUUUAUCAUAGGGAACUAGGAAAGCCAAGGUAUAGGCUAGGAGGGAGCUUGCCCGGGAACUGACCGGAGAGGUCCAAGGGUUUAUCGCCACACCAGCGGCCGGAGCUGGCGUGGCACCAGCCGACUCAGAUAAUAACCCCUUGCAUUCCCGCCCCCCGCCUGGCAUCUCGCAUUUUCAGUAGAAGUCCUGUGGACGAACCCCUAACUCCUAGCUUCCUGAUGCAUAAAACUUGAAGCUUCCAAGAGAUCGAGUGACAUGGCACCGAUCGCCAUCUCCCCAGAGAGGGAUCCCAACGACACCGUGGGGACGACCCUCACGACGACUUUUGACGACACGAUCCGCUUCUAUCUGAACGGCACACGUGUCGUUUUGGACGAAAUCGAUCCCGAGGUCACGCUGCUCGAGUACCUCCGGGGGAUCGGUUUGACCGGGACCAAGCUUGGCUGCGGCGAGGGCGGAUGUGGCGCCUGCACCGUCGUCGUCUCCCAGUACAACCCGACCACCAAGCAGAUCUACCACGCGAGCGUCAACGCCUGCCUCGCGCCCCUCGCCAGCGUCGACGGCAAGCAUGUCAUCACCAUCGAGGGUAUCGGCAACGUCAAGAAGCCGCACCCGGCCCAGGAACGGGUCGCGAGGGGCAACGGCAGCCAGUGCGGCUUCUGCACCCCCGGCAUAGUCAUGAGCCUGUAUGCCCUGCUGCGGAACAACCAGAACCCGACCGAGCACGACGUCGAGGAGGCCUUUGACGGGAACCUGUGUCGAUGUACGGGCUAUCGCUCCAUCCUGGAUGCUGCGCAGACGUUUAGUACGCGAAAGGCAUGUGGGAAAAGCACGGCAAAUGGCGGUAGUGGCUGCUGCAUGGAGAACGGGGACGGGGGCGGAUGCUGCAAGGACGGUAAUGGCGAGGUGGAUGGUAGUGAGGCCAUCAAGAAGAGGUUUACUCCCCCAGAUUUUAUAGAGUAUGAUCCCAGCACGGAGCUCAUCUUCCCCUCGGCCCUGAAGAAGUACGAAUUCAAGCCCCUUUCGUUCGGCAACAAGCGGAAGAGGUGGUACCGGCCCGUGACGCUCGACCAGCUGCUGGAGAUCAAGAGCGUCUACCCGAGCGCGAAGAUCAUCGGCGGGAGCACGGAGACGCAGAUCGAGAUCAAGUUCAAGGCGAUGCAGUAUCCUGUCUCCGUCUACGUCGGGGACAUCCCGGAGCUGAGAACAUAUUCUUUCAAGGAGGAUAACGUCGAGGUCGGCGGGAAUGUCAUACUGACAGACCUCGAGAGCAUCAGCUCGGAUGCCGUCCAGCACUACGGCGAAGCCAGGGGGCAGGUAUUCAACGCCAUCUUGAAGCAGCUGAAGUAUUUCGCCGGUAGGCAGAUCAGAAACGUGGGCACGCCAGCCGGCAAUCUCGUGACAGCAUCGCCAAUCUCGGAUCUGAAUCCCGUCUUCAUGGCUUCCGACUCGAUCCUUGUUGCGAAAUCGUUGGGCAGCGAGGUUGAGAUCCCCAUGUCGCAGUUCUUCACGGGCUACCGACAGACAGCCCUCCCCCCCGAGGCGGUCGUCGCGUCGAUCCGCAUCCCGGUCACCCGGGAGAAGGGGGAGUUCUUCAGGACCUACAAGCAGGCGAAGCGGAAGGACGACGACAUCGCCAUAGUCACCGCGGCGCUAAAGGUCCGCCUGAGCGACGAGGGGGUCGUCGAGAAGGCGAACCUUGUGUAUGGCGGGAUGGCCCCCACCACGGUUGCGGCCAAGACGGCGAACGCGUUUCUGGAGGGCAAGAGAUUUGCCGAGCUCGAAACCCUGGAAGGCUCAAUGGACGCCCUGGAGGAGGAUUUCAACCUGACCUUUGGCGUGCCCGGUGGCAUGGCGUCGUACAGGAAGUCGUUGGCGCUCGGCUUCUUCUACCGGUUCUACCAUGAGGUCAUGAUCUUAUUGGGACAUCCCGAGAAUGCCGAUGACGAAGCCGCCCCGGAACUCGAGAGAAGGAUAUCGGGGGGGUACGAAGACAGAGAGGCGACGGCGGCUUACGAACAGGAGAUCGUGGGCAAGUCAAACCCGCACCUUGCAGCUCUGAAGCAGAGCACCGGGGAGGCGCAGUACACGGAUGAUAUCCCCUCGUUGAAGAAUGAGCUGUACGGCUGUCUAGUAUUGUCUACAAAAGCCCACGCUAAGAUCAAGUCGGUCGACUACUCGGCCGCGCUGGACAUUCCGGGCGUUGUUGACGUAGUCGACAAGGACGACAUGCCCAGUCCGCGGGCCAACCGGUGGGGGGCACCGCACCACGAGGAGAUGUUCUUGGCCGAGGACAUGAUCUACACGGCAGGGCAGCCGAUCGCACUGGUCCUCGCGACGUCAGCAGCCAGGGCCGCCGAGGCAGCAAGGGCUGUCAAGAUUGAAUACGAAGAACUGCCCGCCAUCUUCAGCAUAGAAGAAGCCAUCAAGAAGGAGAGCUUCUUCAAUUUCCAGCGCCAUAUAAAGAAAGGCGACCCGGAGGGCGCGUUCGCGAAAUCGGAUUAUGUCUUCACGGGCACGGCUAGGAUGGGGGGCCAGGAGCAUUUCUACCUCGAGACCAACGCCUGUCUCGUCGUCCCAAAACCUGAAGAUGGGGAGAUUGAGAUUUUCUCGAGCACUCAGAAUCCGAACGAGGCACAAGCGUAUGCCGCGCAGGUAUGCGAUGUCAAGGCAAACAAGGUCGUUGUGAGAGUAAAACGCCUAGGAGGAGGCUUCGGAGGGAAGGAGACGAGAUCCGUGCAACUCAGCUCGAUCCUGGCCCUGGCUGCCCAGAAGACUCGUCGGCCGGUACGGUGUAUGCUGACCAGAGAAGAGGACAUGGUCACCACCGGGCAGAGACACCCCUUCCUCGGAAAGUGGAAGGUCGGGGUCAACAGGGACGGGAAGAUCCAGGCGCUGGACCUCGACAUCUUCACCAACGGUGGCUGGAGCUGGGACCUGAGCGCCGCGGUCUGCGAGAGAUCACUCUCGCACUCGGAUGGCUGCUACAUGAUCCCCAACAUACACGUGCGCGGCCGGAUCUGUAAGACGAACACCAUGUCCAACACGGCCUUCCGGGGCUUCGGCGGACCCCAGGGCAUGUUCAUCGCCGAGACGUACAUGACCGAGGUCGCCGACCGCCUGGGCAUGUCGGUCGAGAGGUUCCGCGAGAUCAACCUCUACGAGCCUGGGGAACUCACGCACUUCAACCAGCCCCUGACGGACUGGCACGUGCCGCUCAUGUACAAACAGGUGCUCGCCGAAUCCGACUACGAGGCCCGGCGCGCGCGAAUAACCAAGUUCAACGCCACGCAUAGGUGGCGCAAGCGCGGGCUGGCGCUGAUCCCCACAAAGUUCGGCAUCUCGUUCACGGCGCUGUGGUUCAACCAGGCCGGCGCGCUCGUGCACAUCUACCAGGACGGGUCCGUCCUCGUCGCCCACGGCGGAACCGAGAUGGGCCAGGGCCUGCACACCAAGAUGGCCAUGGUGGCUGCGCAGGCGCUCGGCGUGCCCCUGGACGACGUCUUCAUCUCCGAGACGGCCACCAACACGGUCGCCAACACGUCCGCCACGGCCGCCUCCGCCUCGUCCGACCUCAACGGCUACGCCGUCCACAACGCCUGCACCCAGCUCAACAGCCGCCUGCGCCCCUACCGCGAGCGCCUCGGCGCCUCCGCCCCGAUGGCCGACGUCGCGCGCGCCGCCUACCUCGACCGCGUCAACCUGUCGGCGCAGGGCUUCUACCGCACGCCCGAGAUCGGCUACGACUGGGCCGCCAACGCGGGCAAGAUGUUCUUCUACUUCACCCAGGGCGUCGCCGCCGCCGAGGCCGAGCUCGACGCCCUGACGGGCACCUGGACCUGCCUUCGCGCCGACGUCAAGAUGGACGUCGGCCGCAGCAUCAACCCGGCCGUAGACUACGGCCAGAUCCAGGGCGCCUUCGUCCAGGGGGUCGGCCUCUUCACCACCGAGGAGAGCCUCUGGCUGCGCGGGGGCCCCGCCGCCGGGAGCCUGGCCACGCGCGGGCCCGGGACGUACAAGAUCCCCGGGUUCAGGGACAUACCGCAGACGUUCAACGUCUCCCUGCUCCGCGACGUCGAGUGGGCCGACCUCCGCACCAUCCAGCGCAGCCGCGGCGUCGGCGAGCCGCCCCUGUUCAUGGGCAGCGCCGUGUUCUUCGCCAUCCGGGACGCACUCGUCGCGGCGAGGCGCCAGUACGGCGUCGCCGUACGACCGCUGCCGCCAGCCCCGGGUGUCGUGGGCGAUGAUGAUGAUGAUGAUGAUGAUGAUGACAACGACGACAAUGACGACCCCGGCCUGCUCCGACUAGAGAGCCCCGCUACUCCCGAGAGGAUCAGGCUCGCGUGCGUGGAUCCCAUCAUGGAGAGGUCGAGGGUCCGCCCCAAGGAGGGGGAGGAUAGUUUCUUUAUUGCUAUCUGAUUCAAUCACUCAUGCAUGGCAUUUUAUGACGGGCGAUGACUUGGUGUUGGGGAUACAAUCUGGUUAUCUAGCAAUUUGGUAGUGUUGCUAGGGAAAUUGGAGCGACAUUGGCUUUCCGUUUGGUUGGAUGAUUCAGUGCCAUACAUGCGCUUCUACCGUAGUCUGUUCGACUGUUCCAUGAGUAGCUCGUUGCCUUGAAGCAAAUCGUCACCUGCCCCAACACCUCACACAGAACCCCCGCCAUCUACACUUACUUGGCAUCGAAGCGCAGUGACAGGUGCUUCUCGUGAAGGAUUCCCUCGAGGGCUCCACCGUCGUUGCAGUAGUGUGCCAGAUUCAGUGCUUUACUUGCCCACUG